AUGAUAUUAAUUAAGCAUCCUAUAUUAUUGAGAGUCAAUAUUCCAAGGUUAUAUUAUUCGAUUAAUGCCACAUUAGAAUCCACUAUCCAGUUAAGAUAUAAACUCUAUAUUCAUCCACUCCCGUCACAUGACCAACAACAAGCAAAAAUAUCAUCAAAUGAUACUACUAUACUUCAAAUGGACAAUCGAGAACUUUUAAAGUUGUUAUCAGGAGACGAUGCACCGAAUAGUAUUUCUAUCCAUAGUCCAUUAUUUUCUGUUCUUUUAAAUAAAUGUCUUUCUGAUGCAACGAGAAACAAAAAAUUACGUACAGUUCAUGCUAUUGAGUCCUUUUAUCGCAUAUUCGAAAAAUAUAAGCGUGAGAUGACCAACAAUGAUUAUUUAUGCUAUUAUGAUUUAAAUAGAUUAUGCCAAUACUUUAUUGAUUGUAAACAAUUAGGUAAGAGCCAGAAAUUGUUAGAUUAUUUGUUUAAGAAGAACCCAGGAAGCGUUCAUAAUAACCAGUUUCUAUUAAAUUAUUUAAAUGUUAGAAGUGGUUCGGAUAUAAAAUUAUGGACUUUGAAAAAAUAUAAAAUUUUUGAUUAUAUGGUUAUAUCUCAAUUAACAAGCGAAUUCAAUAAAAUUAAAUAUAUGAGUGUACCUAUAAUACAAUCAUUAGGUUAUAUGAAAAAUAUUCCAAGUUUAGAACAAUACUUAAAGUCAAUUUGGGGAGUUACACUACAUGACACUUAUAUCCAAAGGGACAAAAAUGAAAAAGAAGAAGAAGAAUUUAAUACGACUCAUGCUAUGCAAUUGAACAAAAAUGAUCUAUUGUAUCCAAAUGAAGACUUGUUAUUAUCUAUUAUGUUAUCAUAUUGUUAUAAUAGUAAGACUAUGGUUAAAAGUUUCCAAGUCCUAGAUGCAUUUUUAAAGAAAUAUCCAGAUAUUGAACUAACUUCUAAAUUUUGGUACAAUUUAGUAUCUAACUGUCUUUCACUGACGUCCAAAAAAGGGAGGAACACUAAAAAUAGUCAAACUGAUGACACUAACAUUAUACAAAUUUGGAAUGCAAUGAAAUUAUGGUAUGGAAAUAAGAAUAUCCCGUUUAACAACGAAGUUUUGUGCAGAAUGUACACAAAUUUCAAAUCAAACAACAAUUUGUAUUAUAUCAAUGAUGUAUAUGAAAAAUGUAUUGGGCCAUUCAGUUUGUCUAAUUCCAACCUGAUUCCCAAAAAAUGUGAAGAUACAAUCAGGAUGUAUCAAAGGUAUAUUGUUAGGAAGAAUAUAGAUAGAAGGAAAUAUAAGAAAAGCCGAGAAUUUAUUCAGAAAUGGUCAAUUUCAUUAGAGAAUAAGAUGUCUUUAUUACAAUUUUACCAAAUAAGAACUAAUAUUCGUAAAAAGAAAAAUCGUACACCAAGAAAGAAUGAAGAAGAUGAUGAAGAAGAUGGUAUACUUAGUUUGUUAUGGUAA